UGGGGUGACGCCUGAAAUAUAACUCUGUAACCAGACACCGAGAGGUGGAAACGGCGUGAAAGUUAAAACUCCGCAAGUUCCGACUUCGCUGCGGGGACGAGCGAAAUUCGCGAGUGGAUCGUUGGAUCCCCGCAAGCGAGAACGUCGGAGACCCACCUGGCCUGGGGUAAACAGCGAAAGAGGUGAUCUUCCCGACAUCCAAAGCCUUGGGCCUCUCUUCAGGCAACUCCAUGGCGGGGACGGGGACGGGGACGGGGACGGGGACGGGAACGGGAGCGAGCGCGAGCGCGAGGGCAGGUGGGCGCCGGGACUCGGGGGGGUCCGGCGCCGGUAGAGCCGCUGCUCUCGCGCGCCUGCUGCACCGGGACUGCAGUCGGCUGCUGGAGCUCUAUAAAGAGAGAGAGACGUUCCUGUGCGAAGUGACCAUGAGCAAGGAGCGGAUCGUGGCACCGUCUGCGUCGCUGGGCCGCCUCCCGGCCGACGAGCAACUCCGGCACCUGCACUCGGCCCUGCAGCAGUGUCUCGGCCUUCUGGAGGACGUCAUUCGCAGGGAGAAGGAGGAGUUUGGGACUGAUGGGAGCAGCGAGUAUGGAAGAAUGCAGAACACGGUGAAAGACAGACUGGGACACCUGCUGGGGAGCACCAAGCUCCUCCUAGUGGCCGGAGACGCAACUGCAACGCUCACUCCUGCCCCAGAGGUGACAGAUGGCUUGGAGAAAGGAAGCAGCUUUGGCCUAAAGCUCUGGACCUACAGAGUUCUGCAGGAGUUGAUCCACUGGACGCUGUCAGCAUCCCAGACCCUCCACAGCCUGCAGUCGCAAAGGGAGAAGGAGGCGCCAAAGGCAGCCAGGAGAGGGAGGAGAGGGAAGGGCAGGAUGCGGAAGUGAGAUGAGCAGGGGGAGAAGGAAGGAAGGAUGGGGCACGGAGCCGAGACGAGGGCGGGGAGACAGGAGCACAAGGCGAGGAGGGGUGGGGAAAGAGAGGAAAAAGAGCAUGUGGGAACAGAUUACAUUAUAUCUGUACUUCUAGUGGAAGGAAGAGGAAGUGGAGGAUGGAAAAAAAAGAUGAAGAGAUGUCUAGAAGGAGUGAGGGAUGUGUGAAAGUUGGAGGGAGGCACUGUAGAAGGUCACCAAAAAGCAGACAAACGGAGAGUGAAGAGAAUGGAAAGGGGAAGCGGUUCCAGGGGCGUUGGACUCAAUCAACUAAUAUUUCAUUUAGAAAUAUAAUGAGAAAGACUGCGAGUGACCAGUUCUCACCAAACCGUGCUGCUCUCUGGCUGAAUUCACAGAAUGAUGUACAUGAGGAGCGCAGUAACACAGCAACACUGUAACACAGUAAACAGUAACACAGUAACACUGAUUGUUGAAGCUCUUUCCUGGGUCCAGCAGAGGGAGACACCGCUGCCCCCUACAGGUCAGUUGAGGAAUUAACUUUAACCUCAAUAUUACUGUAGUGUAACGUGUUUCAGCAUUAGGGCAAAUGACAAAGACUAGUUUUUGUUUAGUCUUAUUUGAUUUGAUCUGAUUUUAUUUUUAACAUGCCAGCUACACUGCAGGUAGAGCCCAGAAGCUCGUGGACUUUGGCUGGAAAGCUGCCGUGGAUAGAAAGUGAACAAACAUGUCUGUUGCUGGAAUAUGAACAAAAAGCAGCAGAAACCUUUGUUGCGUUCACUGAUUUAUCUUUGGAAACACUAUUUAUGUUUGAGGUUGUACAUUUUCACUGGGACUGAAAACUAAUAAUAUAAUUCAGAUUUUUUCUGCUUGUCUUUUCAGCGCUGUAACACUAGACUACUGUACAAUAA